AUGUCAUCAUAAUCUCAAUAAGAAUACGAUUAGGAUUAGGAGAACAACGAAGAAUUUUAAGGAGAUGAUCAAGAAUUAUCAUCGAAAUAAUAGGAAAGUGAAAAAUAAGUUAAGAGUAGUAUUAAAAAAGUAAGAAAUUAUUAAAAAGUUCCUGAACAUCUAAAAUCAUAAUUACUUAAAUUAGUAAUUUAAUAGGGAGUUAAGAUAAAUCAAGUACAUUAGAUGUUUAAAUUAUAAGGCAGCUCAAUAAUUGAAUCUAAAAUAUGCAACAGCUAAAACAAUAGUCUUUACAUAUAGAGCUUAAUCGAAACCUAAGAAAUCUAAAAAUAAAAAAAAAAAAACUGCUACAAAAGUGGAAUUUGUACCAAUUUAAAAUAAUAUUGUCUAUCCUAUUCAUGUAGAAAUAUCGAUUGGAGGAAAUAUCUAAAAUAAAUUUACACUUUAAUGA